GUAAUGGCGGUUCUUGCCGUCUUGACUGACGUUCCUCAGUGACACAUCUCCUCCUCCUCCUCCUCCUCCUCCUCCACCGCUGCUGCUGCUCCACUUCGCCAUUGUGUGCGGAGCUCCGUGAGUGUCGAGGUCGAGGCAGCCACCGGGGGAACGAUGGCGGAGUAGGAACAAACAAACGGACUAACGGCUCGCUUCUCCUCCAUCUUCUUCUCCUUCUUCUUCCUGCCGUCCGUCCGCUGCUCCCGCUCCCACUCCCGGCCUCACCGACCGACGACACCCAUGCAGCAGAGGAGACCCUGGAUGGGACUAGCUACAUGUGAUUUAUGUUGGGUAACGGGGUGAAGCGGAAACUGGACGAGGAUGAGGAUGUUCUGGAGGAGGACCAGCGUCUUCUGGCAGUCGGUGGCAUGUCGCAGGCGUCCUACACCCUGCAGCGUCAGACGGUCCUCAACAUGUCCCUCAUGAAGCUGUACGGUCCGCGGAUGGGCGCCGAUCUCGGCCUGCAGCGCCGAGUCCUCAUCAACAACAUUAUCCGCCGCAUCCAAGAUGACUUCAGGCAAGAAGGAGGCGUCGACACGCUCUUCUUCUCUGCUGCGCCGCCUGGCGCUGCUGCCGCCGCCGCCCGUGAGGACGAAAGCUACCGGCAGCCUCCGCCUCCUUCCUCCUCUUUCAGCAUCCUCUCGUCGUCGCUGUCAGGACUGACGGCGCUGGACUCCUGCCUCACUCCCGCCUCGCUGCUGGAGGAGGACCUGCCCAUGUUCUUCACCCUGCCGCCCUCCUCCUCCACCCAACACCACCACCUGCACCACUCCCCAAGGCCGCUGCCACCGCCCUCGCCGUCACCCAAAGACAGCUUCUCCUCCGCCCUUGAGGAGAUAGAGGAGCUCUGUCCUUCCUCUUCGUCUUCUUCUUCCUCCGGCCCGCCGGCGCCCCCUCCUGCUCGGCUUCUGUUUGACGUCAUCAUGAAGGAGGAGGGGCGUGGCUUUCAGGAGGUGGAGAGCAGGUUGGAGAAACCUCCUCUUCCUCCCUCUCCGUCCUCCCCGGGCUCCUCCUUCCUGACUGACUUCGCCCUGGACGACGUCCUCUUCACAGACAUUGACACGUCCAUGUACGACCUCGGCCCCUGCCCGCCCCCAUCAGGAGCGCUGCCGUCUAAGAUGGCUCCCGUCGUGAUGGCGGACGACCUCGUCCGGUCGAUGUCCGGUUACGGAGCGGCGGGUGGCGGCGCUCAGAACCAGCCUUUUAAAAUGGACCUGGCGGAGCUGGACCACAUCAUGGAGGUGCUGGUGGGCAGCUGAGAGGACGACGAGGCUUUUUAUAACGUUUUGUUAAUUUUGUACAGUUUUAAAAUCACAGCGGACUUCACACGGGUUUUAUUCUGGAGGGUUCAAGCUGCUGUGUGUCGAGUCUGGAUAAAUUAUGACAACAUUAGUUCACCUGCAUAAACUGCAUCUCACACAGAGAGAAACCUGGUGGAUCCUUUUACUGAGCGUAGAGGGGUCAAGAGACGGAGACGAAGGUUUCACAGGUGGCAGGUGGAGGUUAUGAUAAAAGAGCAACAGAAAAAUAAUCCUUCAACCUGUUGAAGCUUUUCAGAAAGCGGAGAGAAACAGGAAACAGUGUAACGGCCCGGUCACAGCAGAAACAUUAAUCUGUGUCUCAAGUGUUUGGUUCUUAUGUCUUGGUGACGUAGUGAGAACACGCAGAGCUACAAUAUUUAUUAAUGUGCUCUGUCCCGAACCAACCAAACAUUAAAUGAAAUAAAAAUGUUGUGUCAGGGCCUUUAAGCAAGAGUUUAAAUGCAGGACUUUUACUUGUAAUAGAGUAUUUCUACCCUGCAGUAUUACUACUUUUCCUUAAGACCUGAGUACGUCUCCCAUCACUGCGGGCCUUUCAUGUGUGAGAUGCAGUUUGUUCAUGCUAAUAAAGGUUCACUAAUGUUUCUAAAAAUCCACACAGCAGCUUUAAUCACUGAGUUACAGUAUUGGAGCCACGCGGUCACACUGAGCUUCACGCCGCGGAGCCCACGUGUGAAUAAUUUCCUCAGUAACACCGGUGUGAAGUCCCGUUUUCUACCGCUGUCCGAGAAAUUGUAAGAAACAAACAAACAAAAAAAAAUCUCUAGAGACUUUUCUACCGUCGCUGCAUGUUUCUACCAAUAAGAAGAAAAAAAUCUCAAUAGCAUUUAUGAAAAACAAUCCAGUGCCUUUUUAAACCUCGAUCACGCAGUCACGUCUUGCUGUUGCUCGUCACGUAGCAAUACGAACUCUGACGGAAGUUUUAUUCCAACAUGCAGUUUCAUUUCCUAAAAAUUCAUCAUGUGACAGCUGUUAAAGUCCCGAGCAUCCAGCCUGCAACGUGGGUUUCACUCUGUCAUCAAAGAACAUCAAAGUCUGUUUAAAUGCAACGUGUGAAUGUGGAGCUAUUUAUUGUGUCGUAGCUUUUAAAAAGAAAAUGUAAAGUUUUUCUUCUUAUCAGUGAAUCCCAUGAAAACAGACGCAGAGCGUAGUCGACAGUUUUAUCUUGCUCUUUUCUUUGGAUUUAAUAAGAAGAAAAAAACAUAACAUCUUCAGACUUUCUCUUUUCAGUUUGUUGCUAACGCUAUCUGUCACACUUCCUGUCCGAGUCUGUAGUUCAACAUGUGUCGGCUCAGUUUAAGCAAAAUUAAAUUGCAAUAAUUUUUAGUGAGUGGUGGUGAUGAUGCAGACUUCCAUAUGCAGACGUUCCCUUUAGCAGAACUAUGAAUUAUUUAUUAUCUCUCAGCUCUCAGUGUGUAUUUAUUGCAACUCUGGACACUAAUAUUUUGUUUGUACAGAACAUAAAAAUGUUUUAUUUUAAAGGACAAAUCCACCAAAACUGACCUCCGAGUUGAUCUGAGGAAGAUUUUUGGGGAAAGAUGAACUCUGAGGUCAUUUUUGGCGGAAAUCUCUUCUAUGAAAUGUCAUUUAAUAAAUGAUCUGAGUUUUGUUUUGUUUUUUAAUGCUAUGUAAUAUAUUUUAGGAUAUCAGCAAUGCAAACGCCCUCAAGUCAGCCUGUGCCACAGCUCUGAUGUGUGUGUGUCUGUCUGAAGAUAGAAAUGGAUAAACACUGGGCCAGUUUUUAAACUUUUAAUCUGAAUUUUGUUUUAAUCAAAUGUGCAAAGUUGCUUCUGAUCUGGAGGUAGUUUGAGUCAGGUCAUAGAGUCACUGCAUAUGGAUCCUUCCUUUGCUUAAGCAGCUCUGUGAUGGCUAACGCUCUGAAACCUGAGCAAACUGGCUUGAUUUUAAAAACAUGGGAAGACGACGGCAAUGAACGACGAGAGAAGAAAUUAGCCAAAAAAUCUGUGAAAAGAGAAAAGUCGUUUUAAAAAAGAAAGUAAAAACAAACCAACAAGGAAAUGAUCUGAACAUGUGCCGAAAAAUUCAAGAAUUCUACAUCAUAAUUAGGAAUAUGUAAUAAUAACAAUUAUAGAUAUUUUUUCCCUAGCUAUUUGUCUGUAGUUUUAAAAAAUAAUUUUCUAUUGUUAUUUUAUUUAUUUUAUUAUUAAUUAUUUAUUUUAUUAUUAUUUUUUAAAUCUUUUUUUUUUUUAUACCGAGUUGCUCACUGCCUUUUCCCCAUGUUUUUGAAUUUGAGUUCAAAGGUUUAAAUAUUUGCAAAAGGCGUCUGAAAGCAGCCCAAGAAAAGUGACGUCGCUCCAGGUUUCAAUUAAACUGAGAGAAAUAUUCAACCCCAGUCUAUCAGAUUGAAAUAUUCCAGAUGUACUAGGCAUCAUUUUAAACACAUUUUCCCAGAAUUCAUCCUGAUAUAUUUGGGAUCUUUGAAGACAUUGGGAUUUCCACUAGAAUCUAAAAUAUAUCCAGGGGCCGUGUUCACAAAGCUUCCCCGUACUUAGAGCUGCUCCUGGUGACAAUUUUCUCAGAAUUUCCCCUUAAAGUUAAGACCAGGUCCUCGUAAAGAUGAAAGUUAUUCACAGAGCAUCUCAGACAUUAAAGGAGCUCCUAAGGUGACAAAGUGUCGGGAGCAGGGAGGAGGACUUGAAGAGUUUCUGAAUCAGAGGAGAAAAUGGUGGAAACACAAAGAGGUCGGACGAAUAUGCUCCAAACACAGGAUGACAGAGAGGAAAUGCUACAGAUUAGAUUGCAUUUCCUCUGCAGGCUCACAAAAGGAUGUGUCUGUGACAACCAAUCACGUCUGUUAAAAGACUGCAUCACACCUGGCAGUGAGGUCAAACACACCUCCUCACUCAGGUAAACCUUUCUGUCCCUCCCUCGCUCCGAGAACUUUAAGCUCGGACUCCUUAGAAACAACUUAAAGGCUGAGUUAGGCGCUCUGUGUCUCCACCCGCUGGUCAGAUGAUGUAACAGCAUGUACUAUGUCUUAUUAUGUAGUGUAUUUUAUAUUAAUGUAAAAAGAUGCGCUCUGAUCCACCUACCUUUUUGUAGUUCUGCCGUCAGUAGUCACUGCACUGUUGCCUGCAGUGUGAACACCAUCAAGACGUACUACUUCUUGCGCCCUGAACUUUGACCCUCUUGCUCAUAAUCUGUUACCUUGGAGAUAAAACCAAACACUGUUCGGCAACCUCGAGAUGGAGGUCAACCUGCAGAGCUCUGCUGUUGUUACUCUGCAGUGUUGGUAGGUUAACUUUAAAGUUAUAACUGCAGACUGUAGCGUAUUCACCUCAGUGAAAAUACAUCUGCAUUUCUGUCAUCGUUAUUUUCACAAUUGUUCACUUAAACAAAUUAUAUUCCUGCUGUUACUGCUCGACUGGUCGUCAGUCACUUGAAUGCACUGUCAUCCAUCGUUACAGCUUCUGACAGCGGUCAACAAGCCGUCAAACGUGUGCAGAGGAUUGUGGGUCAUAACCCGAAAAGCAUAUUAUAGAACAUCCUGGUAUUUUUUGGCACACUGCAUUCAACAUACUAUAUUUAGGGACAUGCCAAAUCUUGUAUGUGGAGUUGGUACAGGCCAUCAAACUUUACAAUGACACGAUGAAUUUAAGAGGAGAUAGACUGAAUUUUAAAAAGUAUUUUAAUGUCAGGAACAUUAUUUAUUUAGUGACUUUGCUGUUGUAAAAACUGCUGUUGCUGCUCCACAUAUAACAUUUUGAUGUAUUUAAAGCAUUCACUAACGCUGUUCUGAAUUUAUUUUUAAAUUAUUUUCUAAAAAGCAGUUAUUUAGAAAUGAAAAAUAACCAAUAACAGUAUCGAUUAAAGUAGUAGUAGCAAUAAAUCCUUAACGAUACCCAUCCCGAGUCCUUUUUAAGCUUUAGUGCUUAUUUUAGUAGUUUCCUCAGAUGUUCCUGGAGCUGAUUUAUCAUUUAUUUUAUUUUAUUUUAUUUUUUUCAGCUGUUAAAAAUCAUUUAAUUUAUCAUGAGCACGCUGCAGACUCAAACUGCUGCUGUGAAUCAGUGUGUGGUGCCGAACUGAGACACUUCACAUACUGUUUCUGAUGUCGAGUAAGAUGGAGGAAACUCUACGUCACCUGGAUCAUCAGCAGCACCAGAGUGUCUCAGAGUGUCUGGUAUCUGAGACCUUCACCUCUGAACCGACCGUAAAACUCAACAGGAAGUCAAACUAAAAUUUGACCAGAUUUAAAAAAGAAACUGGCUCCAGACUGUUUAUCCAGACUCUUCUUUGCUGGUUUUGUUUGUUUCCAUCCAGAGACUGACAGACUGACACGUCUCUCAUCAAACCAAAUCUUCUUUUUCUUCUUCUUCUGUGGUUUGUAGCGUGUGUGUGGCUGCUGCAGGUUUUUACUGGACGUUAACAGGAGGGAUGAAACUACACGACUCUGUGCCUUCUCUUAUGCAAUAUGACAUGUUUCUUCUGAGAAUUAAAUCUGAAUGUGUCAGAUGAGGAUUCAGCUCUGAUGAUGAUUG